ACCCUCCCACCGGAGAUGACGUUAUACGCGCGUCUCCCGUUUCCUUGCAGCGUAUUGGACGAGCGGCGCAGUUCGUCCUUGUCGUGGCGCGAGCUCAGCUGGAUCCGUGAGGUAAACAGGAGCGCUCGUGUUGCUCAGAGAGAUGAAAUAAAUCGCCUCAUGCGGUGUUUAUCUCUGAGCAGGUUACGUUCAGCGAUGCACAGAGGCAAGAGACCCGGACUGCAGGUGGGAGGAACAGGAAAAGCAAAGCGAAAGAGGUCAAAGACGGCCGUUAAAGAAGAGGAAACCACGCAUCCUUCCUCACCUUCAUCCACAUAUCACAGCUUCCACGAUCCUGCUGAUGUCGUGCGGCUGCGCUCUCAGCUCCUCAGCUGGUACGACGAGGAGAAGAGGGAGCUGCCAUGGAGGACUCUGGCUGUGACAGAGUCAGACCUCAACAUCAGGACGUAUGCAGUGUGGGUUUCAGAAAUCAUGUUGCAGCAAACUCAAGUUGCCACAGUAAUAGCUUACUACAACAAAUGGUUGAAGCGAUGGCCCACCGUGCAGGAUCUUGCAGCUGCUACGCUGGAGGAAGUGAACCAGAUGUGGGCAGGCCUUGGUUACUAUUCCCGAGGAAAAAGGCUGCAUGAAGGAGCUCAGAAGGUGGUGUCAGAGCUUCGUGGACAGAUGCCUCGCACAGUGGAUGGCCUGCUGAAACAGCUGCCUGGAGUGGGACGCUACACUGCAGCAGCUGUAGGCUCCAUUGCAUUGGGCCAGGUUACUGGAGCAGUGGACGGCAAUGUGAUUCGGGUGCUGUGUCGCCUGAGGGCCAUUGGAGCUGACAGCACAAGUCCUGCAGUGACAGAGACACUUUGGAGUUUAGCCAAUACACUGGUGGACCCCGAGAGACCUGGAGACUUUAACCAAGCCAUGAUGGAGCUGGGAGCACGAGUGUGCACCCCUAAAGGACCACUGUGCAGCCAGUGUCCCAUACAGUCUCACUGCCACUCUUACCACAAGGUUCAUAUCAAACAAGAGAAAAACUCCAGGAAGCUGUUGGUGAAGCUGGACAGGAAGCCGUCAGCCCUGCCUGAUAUAGAAGACUGUAUGAACAGUGGGACCUGUCCACUCUGUCCCUCUGAGCCCUGGGACGACGAGCUGGGGGUUCAGAACUUCCCCCGAAAGCCGUCGAAGAAGCCUCCUCGAGUGGAGCGAACUCUGACCUGCGUGGUGAUCAGACCUGGAGAGGAGGGAGAGGACGAGUACCUGCUCACACAGAGACCAAACAAAGGUUUGCUUGCAGGCCUGUGGGAGUUUCCGGGUCUCCUGCAGGAGGAGCAGAGGUCCGACAUGAAGCAGAAGGCGGCUCUGUGUGCUGAGAUCAGCAGGAUACUGGGAACCAGUGUGACUGACAGCCCUCUCCAGUAUGUUGGAGAGGUGGUUCACGACUUCUCCCACAUCCACCAGACGUACGUGGUUCACACUGUGCGUUUGAAGCGUGCUGACACACAGACUGAGAAAGUACGGUGGCUCACCAGAUCAGCUCUGCAGGAAGCUGCCGUGUCCACAGGAGUGAAAAAGAUUGCAAAGCUUUGCGAUUCUCUGGACAGUCAAAAGGAAAAAGCUUUGAAGGAUGGAAAAGGACAAAAACUUGCCAGCACAAAGAAUGGGAGGAAACCUAAACGCAGCGCGGCAGACGGCGGCAGCAGACAGCUUUGCCUCAGCUCCUUCUUUAAGACAGUCAAACAGGAGUGUUGAUGGUGUCUUCUCAUACAUACUGAACUGUAUGCUACACACUGUAUACAGAGUGUACUGUCAACGCAUCAUGGGAAUUAGAAACAAAAUGUUAUGAAAUUAUUAUCAAAUUUUAAGCUAAAAUCACAAGAAUCUGUAAAUUGCUCCUGUGAUAUUCAUGCAGGGCCUGAAUCAAAAGUUAAAUUUGACUCAUGAUUACCUCAGCUGUAGAUAAUAUUUUUAUCAUAUUAUAACUCAUCUGUCUAUCAAGUUACAUUGGUGACAUCCUGAAAAAUUGACUGCAUCACGAUAAAAAUACAUUGUAACUUUGGAUAACGAAGAAUGAAGCCCAGACACAAGAAAAACACCAGCUUUAAUCAUUCUUUUGUGUUGUAGAACAUGAACAGAAAAUUAGAUAUUUUAGGAGAAAUAAAAAUAUACUUUGAUGUUUUAA